UUUCUGCCGGUGCCAGACAAACCAUUCGCGUCUCAGCUUUCCGUCCUCAGCUUUCCUGACGUCCUGAUCCUAGUGGGACCACUAAGACGCUCACAUAACGCUCAUCACGAAGCAGAUCUGAGCAGGACGGCGGUACCAAGGCAUGAAGCUGAUGGUGUCCGUGCUCUGCGCGGUGUUCUCGCUCACCGUUGCGGGUCAAGGAGAGUUCGCCUCUCUGGCCGAGAUGGAGGACACACUGCUGAGGGAUUUGUUCCACGACUACCAGAAGUGGGUGAGACCCAUCCAGCACGCCAACGACACCAUCACGGUGCGCUUCGGCCUGAAAAUCUCCCAGCUGGUGGACGUGGAUGAAAAGAACCAGCUGAUGACCACCAACGUCUGGCUCUGGCAGGAAUGGACGGAUCUUAAGCUACGCUGGAGCCCGGACGACUACGGUGGCAUCACCUCCAUCAGGGUCCCCUCGGAGACCAUCUGGCUGCCCGAUGUCGUCUUGUAUGAGAAUGCUGAUGGGCGUUUCGAGGGAUCCCUGAUGACCAAAGCCAUCGUGAAGUACAACGGCUCAGUCACAUGGACGCCACCGGCCAGCUACAAGUCCGCCUGCACCAUGGAUGUCACCUUCUUCCCGUUUGACCGCCAGAAUUGCUCCAUGAAGUUCGGGUCUUGGACCUAUGAUGGCAAUAUGGUGGACCUGGUUCUGGUGGAUGACCACGUGGACCAGAAGGACUUCUUCGAUAAUGGGGAGUGGGAGAUCCUCAACGCCACUGGAAUGAGGGGCAGUCGACAAGAUGGGCAGUAUUCAUACCCUUUCGUCACAUACUCCUUCAUCCUCAAGAGGCUGCCAUUGUUCUACACGCUCUUCCUCAUCAUCCCAUGCUUGGGUCUGUCCUUCCUCACCGUUCUGGUCUUCUACCUGCCUUCCGACGAAGGCGAGAAACUCUCUCUCUCCACCUCCGUCUUGGUGUCCCUCACCGUCUUCCUACUAGUCAUCGAGGAGAUCAUCCCCACCUCUUCCAAGGUCAUCCCGCUCAUCGGCGAGUACCUCCUCUUCAUCAUGAUCUUCGUCACGCUCUCCAUCAUCGUCACUGUCUUCGUCAUCAACGUCCACCACCGGUCGUCCGCCACGUACCACCCCAUGGCCCCGUGGGUGAAGAGCCUCUUCUUACAGCGGCUGCCCAAGCUGCUGUGCAUGCGGGGCCACACCGACCGGUACCACCAGCCCGAGAUGGAGAUGGGCAGCCCGGGUCCCCAGAAGACCUCUGCUGGGAGGGAGGACGAGAACCAGGCCUGGGUGGACAUUCUGGAGAGGGCCUGCAGCUCUGUGCGCUACAUCUCCUGUCACAUUAAGAAGGAGCACUUCAUUAGGGAGGUGGUUCAGGACUGGAAGUUCGUAGCCCAGGUGCUUGACCGCAUCUUCCUGUGGGCCUUCCUCGCGGCCUCCGUGUUGGGCACCAUCCUCAUCUUCACGCCCGCCCUGCAGAUGUACCUGAGCAGCCCACCUUGACCGACUCAUACACGCCACGCCCAGCAACAUCUCGACGGCAUGAUCGUAGCCACCGUCACCAGACAAGGACUACGUGCGGCGUAGACCUGCAGCAAAGGGCACGCCCUUUAAGUAGCCAAUCAGCUUCCACUCAGCUCAGUUUCUGAAUUAAGCACAAAUUAUUGACAGUCUGUUGCAGACCAUAUAGAAAUGAGUAGCAUUGUUUCUGUUGUGAUUAUGUAUUGAUUGCAGUACUGCUCACGGGAACAGCAUAUGGAAAGCAGUUCUUAUUGAUUAUGGUAAUAUAUGCUUUAAUGUUUGACUUUGAGUCACACUGACCACUGAUCUCCAUCCUCCAUAUUACAGUAGAUGUGUAGAUAUACAGAACUGUAAGCAUAGGAAAUAGAGAAGUUUCUUAUUGCUGUCAUCUAAAUGCACAAUAUGCAAAUUUAUCCCUGUGAUGAACUGCUAUUUCCACUGCUUCCUGGGACAGGUUCAGGGUCUCUUUGACGUACUGGACACGUGGCUGGUAGAUGGAUGGUCAAUUUGUAAAACCUAAAAAAAACUUUACAUGUGGAUAUUUAAUUUAGUAGGAUGCAGUUAAAAUAUGGCUGGGUUUUCCUGUUUGAAAAGGAUGGAUAUGCUUCAGAUUUAACUUCACUGGGUAAUUGUUCACAGAUCAUGCCUGGUUCAUGAGACCUUUGUUUUAUUUUACCACCUGACACUAGGUGGCAGCAGUGGCUAGAUAAAGACUCCGUGGGCGGCUUGUCAGCAGCCUGCCUGACUGGGAGACCACAUGGAAAUUGCAGAGAGACCAUAGAUUGGUAAUGGCGGUGUUAGACCCACCACUGUAAUAAUAAUAAUUAUCAUCCAUCUUCCAGUCAAUUAUUCUGGUCAGAUUCAUGGGUUAAUAAUAAUUGAUAGCAGGCAACUUAAAAAACAAAAUGGGGUUCAAACAGCUGUCUGACAUUGUCUGUUCUGCUGAAGCUUCAUCUGUCUGUCUCUCAGUUUUAUAUGUUUGUUCGUUUAUCCGUUUUACAGUCUCCUGUGAUUUACUGCUAACUCCUGCAGGUUAAACCCUGGGUGACGUCAUAAUGGCGACAGGGUUGGUGUUUGGGGCAGAGAAGGACGCCCAGUAAGUGAUUCUCCUGAUCGUCCGCUGAGCAGCCGGGCUGAAUUCGGUGGGAUGGCUUUGCUCUUGGUACAUUACUGGCCAUCCUUUUGUAGUCAGUACUGGCUUCAGUUUCCUGUGAUAUCAGGCCAGUGACCUUCUGUCUUCCAAGCCCUGAACUCACCUUGGCACCAUGUCCUACUUCCUCACAGUUAAGGCCAAACUGGAGCAACUGCAUGCAAAGCUGCUCCUCUUUACUCCUGCUUUUGUGCAUCUGAUGCAAACUGUGAUCCCUUUUGUAGAGACGCCGGCCUUUUUCCACCCCUGGAAAUAGCAUUUUGGUUGCUGUUUGUAGAAUAAACUAUUGGAAUUAUUCAGUGUU